UUGUGGAGCGUGAACACCCGCCGGAAGCAACCAGGAGGAGAAAACAUGGCCGCUGCCCGAUGUCUUCUUGGGUUGCCGAGCCCGGCUUGGUUCAGGCUGGCUCUGUUUCAGCCGCCCGGCCUCUGCCUCUGCCGUGCUCUUCACGAGAAGGCCGCCAGCUCUGAGUUCAAGAGCAUCUACAGCCUGGAUAAGCUUUACCCGAACUCCUGCGGCCGGGAGACUGCCUGGAGAGUCCCGGAUGAUGCAAAGCAGGCCAGCACUGACAUUCCUAUAGAUCGCCUACAAAUAUCUUACUCCAAGAGUAGUGGCCCUGGAGGGCAGAAUGUUAAUAAAGUAAAUACUAAGGCUGAAGUCCGGUUCCAUUUAGCAACAGCAGACUGGAUUGCAGAGCCUGUCCAGCAAAAGAUUGCUAUCUUGUUCAAAAAUAAGAUCAGCAAAUCAGGAGAGUUGAUUAUUACCUCUGAUUCCAGUCGCUAUCAGUUUCGAAAUUUGGCAAAUUGUCUCCAGAAAAUUAGAGACAUGAUUGCCCAGGCCAGCCAAACUCCCAAGGAGCCAUCCAAAGAGGACGCUGUGCUUAGAAGGAUCAGGGUAGAAAAUAUGAAUCGUGAAAGGCUAAAACAGAAGAGAAUCCAUUCCACCAUAAAGGCAAGCAGGAAAGUAGAUAUGGACUGAUCUCAGCUUCCAGCUGCCUGAAGCAGACCCCUCCAGCGGUUCUCAAACUGGCUUAACUCAUGACGUAGCAUUGUCCUUUGACACGAGGAAUCAUGGCACAAUGAACUUCUAAGUUGGAAAGACUAUGUAUCACCAGUAUGAGUUCCAUGCAAUUCACAGCAUGCCAGGGAGCAAUUUUGAGAACUUUGUGUCUAGCAACUGCAAUCAGCAGUCCUUUGGAGACACUGAGAGACUGUUCUGGUAUAACAAAUAAAGCAUACCUCUUUGUAUUUAACAAUAAA